AUGGUUAUAUACGGUGCAGAUCAAGUAAGCGCUUUAGUUGCAUCUGCUGGUAAUUCCACUUUAUCAGCAGGUUACGCAGGUGAAGAUGUACCAAAAACUGUGAUACCUACACAUUUUAGUCAUUUGAAUGAUAAAUCUUAUUUUGGUGAUAAUGGUCCAGAUGUUUAUAGACCUGGUUAUCAAGUAUCCAAUACAAUGAAAGAUUCUUUAGUCGAUGAUUUUGAUAAAUUUACAAACCUCCUUGAAUACACUUUUAAUGAUGAUUUACGCGUUAACACUGAAGAUCACCCUUUACUUUUAACUGAACCUGCAUGGAAUACACAAAAGCAUAGAGAGAAAUUAGCUGAAAUAGCUUUUGAGAAGUUUAAAGUACCUGGAUUUUAUAUAGCAAACGAAAGUGUCUUAUCUGCAUUCGCUGCAGGUAAAUCUACUGCAUUAAUUAUAGAUAUUGGUUCGGAUUCUACUUCAAUUACACCAAUAAUCGAUGGUUUCGUUUUAAGGAAAGGUGUCAUUAGAAAUAACAUUGGUGGUAAUCAAUUAACUAACGCUUAUUUGGAAUCUUUGGAUGAAAAUCAAAGACAAAAUGUACUAUCAAAUCUGAUCCCGCAUCAACUAAUUGAAUCAAAAACUACUGUUGAAUUGGGCCAAUCACCAAAGUUUAACCUGAGAUCUGAUACAAAUCCAACAGACUCUUGGUUAGAAUAUUCGAAGUCUAAAAUAUUGAAAGAUUGGAGAGAAGCAACUACAGCUGUUUAUGAAAAUCAUAUUUGGGACGAUCUCAAUGUAUUACAGCGUCCUAUAAAGUCUUUCGAAUUUCCAACUGGUUUUGCUGAUAACUUUACAACGUCUAGAUAUAAAGCGUCUGAAAUUUUGAUUGACUCACGUAAUUUUAAUCCAGUACAAUUUACACCGAACUCUUUUGAACCUGCUUCUAUAAAUCCUAGUGAUCCAAAAUCAAUAGCUGAAUUAAUUAAAGAGUCUAUUCAAUCAGUUGAACAUGACAGUCGAACUCAAUUACUCUCAAACGUUAUCUUAGUAGGUGGUGUAAGUUCAACGACUGGUUUAAGUGAAAGAAUUCAAGCGGAAAUAUCAAAAUUCCAUACUAAUUCAAGGGUCAAAGUUCAUUCACCUGCUAACACCGUUGAAAGGAAAUUUGCACCUUGGUUAGGUGGUUCAAUCUUAGGUAGUUUAGGAACUUUUCAUCAAUUGUGGAUAUCUCAAGAUGAAUGGAGGGAAUUUGGUCAUCCAAUUGUUAGUAUGCGUUGCAAGUAA